AUUUUCGAAUUCUACAAUCGAAUUAUACUUGCUUUAGCAGAUGUUUCAGUUGAUUGGCAAUAUUUUCAUAGAUGUUUUGUGAACACUAAUUUUUCCUUAUUGCAACUAUAAUAUUGAUAUAUGCCCAGCUAUACAUAAUUUAUUGCGUUUAUUGGUUGUUUUUACGUAGCAUUAAUUAUAUUGAUAUAGUCAUGAAUCUAAGUAAGGCUGGCCUUUAUCUUUCUCCUUUAUUUGCCAGGUUAGGUUCUUGUUAUUAACAGUACAAUCUGCCUACAUUGUUGUACAACAACACUGACGCGACAUAUUAGUGCGACGAUAUUAGUGUAUAAAACCUGUAUACAUAUGUAGGUACAUAAUAACUUCGUAUUGCAAAAUUAUUAAGCAAAUUACGUACAAGCGCAUAAAAUAUUUAUAGUAUUCCACAUGCAAGAACGAGUUACGUAUUUCAUUAUCAUACUUGAGUGGAGCAAAAUGUGUUUUUAAAGGAAUCUGGUUUGGUUUAUUUUUCUUGAGCUCGAUUUUUUCUUGGAUUUGUGAGUUUUUGUAUACGUUUAUGCCAAAUACACGUUUUGAAGACCGUAGGUAGGAGUUAGAUAUCUAGAAUAAAAAAAGCCAAUAGCUGAAGAGCUUGUUUAUUUGCUUACUCGCUAAUCUCAGACACUAUUGAACACAUUUGGAUGAAAUUUGGUACGGAGAUAGUAUGAGACUCGAGAUGUGACAUAGAAUAGUUGUACGAUAUUCAUAUUUAAGGGAAAGGUCUGCCGACGUGAACGGGAACUAUACCGGGAAGCCCCGGGACUAUCUAUCGUUUGUUUUGACUAUGCAGGCAAAGCAAUAAGCGGGAAGCUUGUAAAAUAAUACUCCAGAAGGAGCCAGACAAAUUCUUCGAGCGCGCUCGAUGGAAGGAACAGAGAAACGAAGAGAAGAAGAAAAGGAAUGCAAAUCCUAUGAACAAGAGAACUGCUGUGAAGGAUCCACCUUUGAGUCCAACAGCAGUGCUCAAUGGACCGACGCUCGGAAAUUCACCAUUGCCACCUUCUUCGCAUGUAAGGUCAUAUGACGAAGAGGCUUUGGAUCGUAUGCGAUACCAGUUAAAUCACGACUCAGAUGCCUUUUUAUUGAAUAAUAUCCUUUUGUCAGUUCAGUUUUUGGAAAAUUAUGAAAGAGAGGUCCAAGUAAUCAAAAGCAAUCCAAUAAGUGAAAGACAGCAUAUCAUGGACGAAGCUAUGGUGCGACGACAUAAACAUGUUUUCUUCGGGGAUAGACUCCAAGAAUGUGUGCAAGAUUACGUUUGCUAUAUAAAAAGUCGAGAUCAUUUAGAGCCGCUGGCGCCACCGCGGCUAUACAUAAUUUAUGAUAACGUAGAGGCUAGUGAACCCGGCGAUACAUCUGAUUAUUGUGCUGUUCUUGAUGCACCAUUCUACAAACUACGUAUCGAAGAUUCCAAGGAACCAGGUUAUGUAAAUUUAAAGAAGUUGGAAGUAUUAGAAAGUAACCUUUCCAAAGAAGCUGAUUCCACAAAUACUAAAAAUGUGCCUUCUGACGAUAGUAUAUACACUGAUUCAGAAAAAGAGUCUAAUGCUUCGGAUAGUAUGCCUUAUCCAAGAAAAUUACGAGAGUUAGAAGAAAAUAUACAAGUAAGACGUAAUACUGAGAUUGAUAUUGCAAACGGAAGUCCGUUUUCAGAUGAAGAAAUAAAGAAGAAAUUGAGGAGAAAAAGUCAAAUGAUGUCUAAACAUUUAGAACAACAGAAAACAGACUUAAAUCAUAAUAUAACUGUUAAAUCACAGGAAUCUACAACAAGAAAAUCCAUUUUAAAAAACGCUAAUGAAAAUAAAAGCAAUACUGAAAAUCAUCUCACUGCUUUAGAAAAUCUUCAAAUUUUCGACGAUACAGAAACUUCUGGUUAUAGGUCUAACUCAAGUCGACAAACUGAAUCGAGUGAAACGGAAUCGGAUUAUGGCUAUUCAACAAUAACCGAUUUAACGACACCGAAAAAGGUAGAACUGAGUUUACAGUCUAAAGAUUCAGCCUCAACGGGCGUCUUACCCGAUGAAUGUUGGUUGACAAUUAGUGAGAAAGCAUUUGAUUGGAGUGAUGAUGACGAAGAGGAUGAAGCUGAAACAGCUUCAAAGAUAUCUUUUAAUAGAAAUCUAUACGAAACGCACCAUUAUCUCAGCUCAGUAGCUUUCAUGAAUAACUUCGUGGACAAUUUCAUUAUUAGUUUGGGUUCUGGUCUAGGGUUUCCCCAAGAUUCAAUUAAUAAUGCUUUAACACAAGGUGCAAGUGUGUACUGCAGUAGUUUAAGGAACGGUCUGAAAACAUGCUAUGAAAUUUAUCCGGCUCUCUUGGCUGCUUGGCCCAAUGCCGCAAAUCAGUGGAUAAUACGCGAAAGAAAGAUAAUACAAAACCCUAGAACUAAUUUUAGUUAUCAGUGGCCUACCAAAUACAUGGUUAGUAAAGCUCUCGGGUUUGGCUGUUUACUGGUUCCUGUAGGAUUUCGCCCAAAGCGUGGGUUAAAUCCAGACCAGAAAUUACAAUGGAAAGUAAUAUUUCCUGCAGCAGAAAGGUACUUAGAAAGUUGUUUAGCUCACUCUCAUAUGAGGUGCUAUUUAUUUAUGUUAACUUUGCACAAAGCUUUUAUGGAAAAUGAAACAUCUAAAAUAGGCGUUGACGCAAGUCACAUAAAAACUCACCUAUUUUGGCAAUGUGAAGAUAACUACGCAAAGUGGCCAGAAGACAGGCUUGGUGAAACUCUUCGAUUGUUCCUGCGGAGUUUUUAUGUUCAUUUUGGACGUUCAAGGUUGCCUAAUUAUUUCAUUGAGAACUGUAAUGAAUUCAAAAGUGUACCAAAACCGUUACUUUUAAAAGUGCAACGAAAACUGGCUGAUAUUUUAGAAGCCCCAGUUAUGCACUUGCUUUACGCAUUAAAUAAGAUUAAAUACAUCAAAAAAGAUUUUUAUCCAGCAUUUGAUUGCCAGAGACUUUAUCAUAUUUUAACAUGUAAGAAUCCACUGCGCAUUAUAAAUCCGCAGCUACCUUUAAAUAUGAAUCCCACAACAUAUUCAUCUGACAGUGAGGAUGAAAAUAUUCAAAAUAUUUGGGAUAAAGCUAAAAUUCAUGAUAAACACUAUCAAUGGAAAAAAGAAAGACAAAGGCAAAUAAAAGAAAGAAGAAGAGAAAAUUUAACUAUUAAGAAAUCUGGAAAAGUUCCAGGAAAGGAAAAUGUUCACACAGAGAUAAAUAAAACUAUAAUUUUGUCGGCCAAAAUGGAAACCGAGCGAAGGCGUUUAGUGUUUGAAUUUUUUAUUCCUCACUUUAUUGCAAUGGCUCGAUCGAGUGAAAAGUUUGAUGCUAUUCGGCAAGCAGUUAUUUAUCUUGAACAAGCAAGACGACUUUGCAUUCUAUUGCGUGGAGAACCUGCAGGUGAAGCAACAGCCAAUGAAUAUAUCCACGUCAUCCACGAUAAAUUAGCAGAUUGUCAGAGAAAAUUAGCUAACCAAGUUGGCUAUAAGGUGUCGGUACGGGAAAAUAGAAAUGAGCGAUACGUGCAUUCAAAUGUUAUGCGGAAGCAUCGACCAAAAUACGAACAUAUAAUUAAUCAAGAUUCUCCAACUGAUAAUUCAGGUAUAGCACCAUUUACUUUUGUAGACAUUCAUGUAGAAAAAUCAAAUCGCCAAGUCGAGAAAUCUUUUUUGGAAAUCGAAGGAUUAGAGGAAUCAAAAUUAUAGUAUGCGCAGAAGUAAUUUAAAGAUUCAAGAUCUCACUUAAUAAAAUAAUUUUAAAAGUUUGACUUUACGGAUAUAAAAGUAUAAAAUAUAAAAAAAAAAUGUAUUUUCUGGCUAAUUUGCAUGGAUCAUUUUAUUAUAUAAUGUACAUAUUGCUUUAGGAAUUUAUUUCUAUGUAAUUAUUUGUCGUCGACUUUUCGUCCAAAGAUAUGUGAAAACAAAUAUUCUACAUUUAAGUUAAGUUAAUGUAAAAUAUUAAUUAUUAUGAAAGUAAUUUGAUAAAAUACAGUAAGUAUUCCUUUUCUGAUUAUGAUUUUUUUGGCGUAUGUUGAUGUGAAAUAUUUAAGAAUCUCGCCUGAUUAUAAAUUGAUUUGUAUUUCUACAUACCUACCUACGCUUAUAGACAUAUUUAUUUGGCAUUCCUAAUAUGAAAAAUUUAUGUUCUUAAUGGUCAAGUUAAAUAUGUCAAAAAUUAAAUUUCAUGUUGCAUCUAAUCCAUGGUAACAGAAGUAAAGAAUGGUUGAUUCAUUACUUUUCUGUGAGUUAUUAAUAUCGUACCACGUAUACGUAUAGAGCUUCUACAAUUUAUAUGACAAUGUUUUAUCAACUUAACACUAAAUAAUUAUAGAGCUGAAAUUAGAACAUCAUAAACUUUAAAAAUUAUAUCUAUCGCCGUAUAAUAUCUGUAUUGCCUUCAUAUUAACAAAAAAAAAAGCUAAUUUUGUUAGCUUUAUCACUUUAAUGAGCUCAUAUUGUAAGAGUAUUUAAUAAAAGUCUUAGUUUUUAAUA